CGUAUUUAAAAGAGGCAUGCUUUAUUAUUUUCGCCCUUUAUUUAAAUACCGCAAUAAACUAGAGCUCUAAAAGAGUUUCAGUUUUGGAGAUUUCAUAUUGCAUGCCACGUGAAGGUUGAGAAGUGGUAGUUCCGAAAAUAAUAUAAAAGAAAAGUUGACUCGAUCGAUCGAGCAAAUCCCGUGUUGAGAUCUGUGAAAGAUGAGGCCGAAGAUUUAUCUUUUCGGUGACUCGAUCACUGAGGAGUCCUUUGGGGAUGGAGGUUGGGGUGCAUCUCUUGCCAACCAUUUCUCUCGCUCGGUUGAUGUGGUGCUAAGAGGGUACAGUGGAUACAACACGAGGUGGGCCGUGAAGGUGCUGGACAAGGUUUUUCCUGCGGUGGAAGGCGGUGACGGUGGCGACCCAUUAGCUGUGACGGUGUUCUUUGGCGCAAACGACGCUUGCCUGCCAGACAGAUGCUCAGCCUUCCAACACGUGCCUCUCGAAGAAUAUAAUCACAACCUCAUCUCCAUUGUUUCCUUUCUCAAGAAGCAAUGGCCAAGGACUCAAAUUCUUCUCAUAACCCCUCCUCCAAUUGAUGAAGAUGGGCGCCUACGAUAUCCUUACACUGAGAAUCCGUCGGGUCAGCCUGAGAGAACAAAUGAAGCUGCUGGUGCUUAUGCGAAAACAUGUGUUGCUGUUGCUAGAGAAUGUGAGAUACCAGCGGUAGACCUCUGGACUAAAAUGCAGCAGUUUCCUGACUGGGAAAAAGCUUGUCUGAGGGAUGGUUUGCACCUCACUCAAAAUGGAAACAAGAUUGUGUUUGAGGAAGUGAUCACGAAACUGAGAGAUGAAGGCUUGAGUCUCGAAAUUUUGCCAGUUGAUCUCCCACUGCUAACUGAUAUUGACCCUAACGACCCCCUCAAGGCUUUCCAGAAGUAACAUAGAUAUCGUACAUUAUCAUUAUGUUCUGUGGGAUCUUUUGCUACAAUAUUGUCACAGGGUCAUGUUGUCAGUCAACUUGAGAACCUCGUAACUUAAUUUGUGUCUAUAAAUUAGCUCUGGCUGAUCUAAAAGCAUCUCUUUUGGCCGGUGGAAUA